AUGGAUGAUGAAACUAUACAAAGACAGUUGAAUGCUUUCCGGAAGAAUAACCCUCCAGCUUUCAAGGGGACUUAUGAUCCAAUUGUUACUGCCAAGUGGCUACUAGCUUUAGAAAAGAUCUUUAAAGUCAUGAGAUGCAGGGAUCAACUGAAGUUACUAUAUGCUACUUACAUGUUACAGGAUGAGGCCAAUGAUUGGUGGACUAAUGCCAUCCAACCAUUAGAGUUACAAGGACAAGAAAUUACUUGGGCUUUAUUUGAAGGUAUAUUUCUGGACAUGUAUUUUACUAGAGAGGAUAUGGAAAGUAAAGAAAAGGAGUUCUUGGAACUAAAGCAAGGAUCUAUGACUAUCGACCAAUAUCUUGCAGAAUUUAAUGAGCUGAAGAAAUAUGCAAAUUACAGAAGGGCGUUACCUACUCCUACUGAUUUAGCUGCUAAGUUUCAGUGGGGAUUAUGUGAGAAAAUAGCAAAAAUGGUUUUAGUCUAUACAUCUAGAGAUUUUUCCACUUUGGUUAGACAGUGUAAGUUUGUGGAAGGAGUUUAUAGUUCAUAUAAGAAGUCAUCAAAUGUUAAGGAACCUGAUCCUAAAGGUACUACAAGUAAGAUGCCUUCAUGGAAGAACAACAAGGGUAAAAAUCUGCAAGUGAAAUAG